AUGAUCGGCGCCGCCGACGAGAACGACGCGGAGGACGUCCGUCCUUCCAGCCGCACCACCACCACCCCGCCUUCCCCUCCCUCGCCAUCGAUUGCGCUUGCGCCGCCUCAGCAGACCAGCCUCGGGAGGAGGCUGCUCGGCUCCAUCCGCGCCCUUGCCUCCCGCCCCGCGCCUCCACCCGCCCCCGCCCCCGCCCCCAAGGUCGGCCUCGGCCUGCUGCUCCACCUCAGGCCUGAGCCCGACCACCCUCGCAUCCACCCAGCCCCGUCUCUUUCCCAGGAGGAUGAAGACCGAGCCGCUGCUGCCGCGGCACGGCCUCGCGCCGCCGCCGGAGCAGGGCUGCACCUGCCGCUGCCAGCGAGCAACCAAUGCAGCCCCGACGACGGCGCUGCUCCGACUCCGACCAGCGCCAUGCUCAGGCAGUCGGGGGCAUCCCAAGAAGACAACUUUGUGGUCGUGGGGGACAAGGUAAAGCCGGGGGAGCAGCGACGUGCAGUCCACAGACAAGGUGCGGCAUUUCUCACGUCUGCCGCUGCUGCUGCUGGGGAUGAUCAACAAGAGAAGGUCUGCACCGCUGAUCACCUGAGAGCUGCCAGUCAGGAGCGAGAUGCCAUCCACCCGAGCGAUGGAACCACAUGCCGUGGCACUGCUGCUGUUGGUGAUCAAGAAGAGAAGGCAGUGCAGCAACGCGGCAACCGUGAAUUGGGAACAGCUGAGGAUGAUGGCGAUGACGCCGGGGAUAACGACCAGGAGCCGGCGGUGGAGCGAGGUGCAACCGACACAGCCAUGGAUGGUGACAAUGCUGUCAAAGAUCACAACUUGGUGGGGCAAAGCGUCAUCGCUGGAACUGAAAUCAAAAUGCACGCCACUACCGUAGAUGUCCAGGAUCAACACAAGGUGGUGGGCGUCACGGUUCCAUCUUCUGAGGCGGUUUCAGCCACGGUUAGUGGCAGUGACAUGGGCACAGGGAAGAGGGAGAAGGUUAGGCUGCCAUAUCCACAAAGGCCUGGGAAACUGAACUGCCCCUCUUACAUGUCAAAAGGGACCUGCAAACACGGGUUCUCCUGCCAGAAACAUCACCCACUGCUUAAAGCCAAGCCUGAUGAUUCAUGGUGUCCCUCUGAACAAGGAAAUCAUGGCGUUGAAGAUAUUCUGGAACUGAACCGCAUUGGCCUCCCCAUACGAGAAAGAGCAAGAAAUUGCACCUAUUAUGUGAGGAAUGGUGCUUGCAGAUAUGGCAAACGCUGUAACUUUAACCACCCAGAGCAUGUCAUUGAUGCUCAGUUCUAUGCACCAACAGGGUGGGAGGAUAGUACUUUGAAAUUGGAGAAUUCGUAUGACCACCAUACAACAUUAGAUGAAACAUCACACUCAAAGAAGUCUUCUGGCCAUGCAACCUUGGAUGACACAUCUUACUCAACGAAGUCUUCUGACCAUGCAACCUUGGAUGACACAUCAUACUCAAAGAAGUCCUCUGACCAUGCAACCAUAGAUGACACAUCAUCUAGCUCAGAGGUCCUGCCACCAAACAUAUUGAGAAUGCUUUUACCUCCCAAAAAAGUAUUGCCUGGUACAGAAGGAAAGGUGAAAAAGGAUCCAAAUUGGUCAUCUACUUCAGAUAAUUCCGAUGGUUGCUGUUCAGCAGAUAGUUCAGAUGGGCCUUUGUGCAAGCAGGAGCAUGUGGAUAGUUCACAUGGUCCUUUGUGCAAGCAGGAGCAUGUGGAUUACCCUGAGAGACCUGGCAGAUCAGAAUGCUCCUUCUAUAAGAUGUUCGGUGAUUGUAAAUUUGCGUCAGCGUGCAAUUAUCACCACCCAAAACCAAAAGACAGAUACCCAACUAGAUAUCAUCCAGAAAUUCCGUCAGUGGAACAGACAAAAUAUCUUGAGAGACCUGGGGAACCAGACUGCCCGUUCUAUAUGAAAAACCGGUUCUGUAGAUUCAUGGAAAAAUGUCGGUUCAAUCACCCAAAGGAUACAAACCCUACCGCGCAGAGCCCAACGACUGCAAAAAAAUCUCUUGUCAAUGAUGAACAUCAUCAAUCUACGGGAAUCACACUAGAAAACCAUAUGCCCAAGCAAAAGCAGUAUCCUGAGAGACCUGGUCAGCCAGACUGCCGGUACUACCUGCAAUUUAGGAAAUGUAAAUUUCUGUCUGCAUGUAUCUUUCACCAUCCAAGAGAUGGACUUCCAGUUGGGUGGAAUCCCUCAGGUCCAGCUCACUCUGAUCAGAUUAGACCUGUAAUACAUGGCAUGCCAGAAUGCCCAUUCUAUAUGAAAUCUGGAAAAUGUCAAUUUGGGUCAGCAUGUGAAUUUCGUCAUCCCAAAGAUAUGUGUUCAACUACAGAGGGAGCAUUUGAUCACAUAACUGACUUGGCAAACGAUACUUUCACAAGGCCAGAGAAUGUUGUGCAGAAACAAGAACAGACUGUGUACCCUGAAAGGCCUGGUGAACCUCGGUGUUUCAACUACAUGAGGCAUGGCUCCUGUAGGUUUCAGAUGAACUGCAAAUACCACCAUCCAGCAGACCAGCUCACUAAGAAACAGUAUGACUCGACUUACCACUGA